UUGAUCAUUUUGGCACAAAUCUAACUCCAUAUAUUCCGGGUAUUGGACUGUAGUGGAAACAACCUUUAUUAUGUGAGCAGCUCCUUUAACUGGAGGAGGAGUCUGAGCUGCUUCUCUUCCUGUCACAUCAAGGAGGCGUUCCUUGUCCAAUGUGCCGUUUGCAGUGAUAGUGUCCUCUGGUCCUCUGCAUUGGACACAGUUUGGUACGACAAGUUGUUGCUGUAUCGGGGAACUCGCUUGUUACAAAUAAUGUCGGACUCCAUUAAAAACGUCGCGAUAUUUGGAGUCACGGGAAUGACCGGACUGGCAACCCUCCCGCUGGCGGUGGCAGCAGGUUACAGUGUGACGGUGCUGGUGCGGGACCCUGCCAAGCUGCCUGCGGACCACAAGGCGUCCAGAGUCGUGGUGGGAGACGUUCUCAGCAAAGAGGAUGUGAAGAAGACCAUGGAAGGUCAGGAUGCUGUGAUCAUCAUCCUGGGCACCAGGAACGACCUCAGCCCGACCACCAUGAUGUCUGAAGGCACCAGGAACAUCAUUGAAGCCAUGAAGGCUCGUGGGAUCAGGAAAGUGAUCGGCUGCAUGUCAGCCUUCCUGCUGUGGGAUCGCUCUAAAGUCCCGCCCCGUCUGGUUCCUGUGACCGAGGACCACGACAGGAUGUACACGCUGCUGAAAACCUCUGAGCUGGACUACGUGGCCGUCAUGCCUCCUCACAUCGGUGGCGACCUUCCUCUGACUGAAACUUACAGCACGGCGGAGAACAUGCUAAAAGGAAGAGCCAUCUCUAAACACGACCUGGGACACUUCUUCGUCAAGUGUCUGUCCACCUCAGAGUGGGACAGCAAGACAGUGGGAGUGUGGGGAGAGUAUAAAUAAUAGUCGACAACACACCUCUGAUGGUUUUAAAUCUCCUCCUAAACUAAAUUUCCUUUGAAAACACGCUAAAGAGGAAAUAUUUGCUGGGACUUGGGAGAUAAAUAAAGAAGGUUUAGGUUAAGGUUUGUGACAUUUUUAACUACAAGUCUUGUGAUAAACCACUAAUGUUCACAUUUAUGAUCACAACUGAGCCGCUUUUGCUAUGCGUUGUUAUAUUUC